AUGUCACCAGUCGCCGACUGCAGCAGCCCUUCUCGACCUACUAUCCGGCUUGCUGAGGGCCCCGUGGACCAAAUGUUCAUCAAGAAUGCAGUCACACUUGCGGACCAAAAUCCUAAGUGGUCAGGGGUCUUCUUCGCUAAGUUCCUUGGUGGAUACUAUGAGCAAGUAGCACUGGGAAAUUGCAGCGAUGAAGGGGAUGCUGCAAUGGAGUCUUCGUCCUUGCGGGAUCCUGAAACCGAGAUCCUACUUCACAGGAUGUAUCUCCGCGCCGCUGAAAACUAUCGCCAGUGUCACCAGCUUCAAGACGCAGCUACUGAUCUCGAAGUGGCUGGGAUUGACGGCUCAGCCUACCUUACUGAUCUUGUUGAAGUCCUCAAGCGGAACAGCUGGGCCCAAGCUGAGAUUGCAGCUGGCAUAAUCCGAGAUGCUCGAUGCCUAAAGCGGCUCCGUAUAGAGCAGUCGACUCGGAAGUAG